AUGCAAGCCGUUGUAGAACGUGUCCUUGCAGAUGGUGAACCCAAUCUGGAAGAAGUGCGCCCUCUGAACAUUGACUCCAUCGAUUACGAAUAUAUCCAAGGAGUCAUCGACGGCUGCUGCCAAAUCCUUCAAAAGGUCACCCAGCUCGCAGAAAUUGGUGCAUUGCGAUUCUCACCAGUCCAGAUUUUCUUAUGCAUCACAAGCUCGUCCAUAUUCCUAAUGAAGGCCCUAAGUUUGGGCGCGCGCCAAGCAAAACUGCGGGAGUCACUCGACAUCCUCGAGAGCACCAUCCAGGCGCUAAAAUCCAAUGCUCUGGAUGAUAUCCAUCUGAUUAGCCAUUAUGCUACACUACUGGACUUGCACAUCUCGCGUCUGCGACGCAGCCUAUUAGUAUCUUCAAAGGGCAAGAACAGCCGUGGAACUACCACAACAUCUUCUACAUGCCCACCUUCACGGCCUGAUAAUGGGACUGCUAAUGGCAAUACAACAAUGGUGAACAGUACACCAAUAUCACGUAGCAUGUCGGAUAUCAGCUUCAUUCCAUCGCUGAAUGAUAUGGCUGCAGACGAUUGGCUUUCGUUGCCGUCGAUGGCUCCAUUUGGCAUUAGUAGUGGUGGACAGAUACCGGCGCUUGAAGGAGGAGCUCUGGAUUUUAUAUGGAACUUACCAUCAUGA